GGAUAACUUGUGCCCUGCCAGGUCCGUAUCCCCACCGCGCCCCAGGUUAGAGAUCUGCAUGGGACUGUUUUCUGCUCAGUCUCCACAGGGGCAGAUGCUGCAAGUUGUGUCAGUGUUUCAUUCAGAUGCAUUUUCCCUGUGGAGAGAUUAGUUAUGAGCAUUGCUUCACAUGAAUCCCCCUUAGGGCAGGCAAACCCUGUGGAUGCCAGGUUGUAGGAUGAGCCACAAAAACGUGAGGGUUUUUUAUGGGCAGAGAAGAACUGAGAGUCUUAGAAAUAAAGAUGUUCUGCCUCUGAGCUUGUCAGGCCUUUGAGCUGAGUAAGUGCUGUUCUGCAUUAAGCAGCGCAGGUGCUGCUGAGGGAGGACACACUUUCCUCAGCCAUCAGGAAGGUGAACUCGAGUUUGUCUUGGUGAUUGAACAAAUUCAGGUUGUGUGGCCUCAUCCUGCCUCCCUAAGACGCCCACGCUGAAUUAUUCAUGUUGUGUUUUCUGGGAAUGCUGAGUUUGUAGGUGAAAUCCAUAAACAGCAAAGAGAGCGAGUUGGUGAAGGUGGCAUCUGCCUCACGCUCUGUCUCGCCGGGGUGGCUGAGUGUAGCAGUGGGAGCUGCAUUUGGUAGGUGUAGCUGUGAAAUCCCAUAAACACUCCGCCGGGUUGUGGUUGUUUGUGGCAGUACGAGCUCGUUGAGAAUACAAAGCACUUCAAAGGGAGCUUUCAAGGGAUGUUUCUUCAUUUAGAAUAAAAUGCAAAUACCGUGUGACCUCAAAACGGGGAGAACAUCAUCCAUGGAGUAAAAAAGGGGAAGUGCUCCUGUGCAUAGUAAAAUCAGGAACAACUCUACAACUGCUUCCUAUUCUAAAAGCAGGACAAACAAAGCGGUAAUAACUUACAGGCUUGGAACUGCCAAGGAGUUUGACCUGCUUACACUAAAUUCGUGCUCUGGGUUCUUUUCUAGAGGAGUCCUUCUCCUUUCUCUGAUGGAGAUUAACCCUCAAGGGCUAAAGUUUGCUUUGUUCCAUUUCUACACGUGUUUGUGCAAAUGUGGGACCCUGAGAGGCUGCAGUGUUGGUGCUGAAACCGAGCAGGGGUAUUCCUGCCCUCAGAGGUGAAAAGCACGCUCAGGAUAACAAGUAUCUGUCUCUUUAUUAGGUUUUUAAGAAUUGUUUUCCUUUGUUCCCUCCCCCGGGCAGAAUGGAAUUCAGGAAGAUGGGAUUACCCUGUGAUGAAGCUGACCCAUUGUGCUGCCUUUCAGCAUUUUCUUUAUCUCAUUUCCAGGGCAGGAACUCCCUCUCUUUCCCAUAAGGCUGUCCCUAUCCUUUUGAUGGGUUUAUACAGGAUUUCCUGCUGAGUCAAUAGCGGAGGAGUGCAGGGAGAUAGCAGUCGGGAUUCGCAGGGAGCCUGUGCUCAGCCGGAGGAGGUUCAGCCCGGCGGAGGCAGAGCAGCGCUGCCUUUUGACUUAUCCCUUGGAGCCCUCCACGCAGUCCCCCUCCAUGUCCAUAGCCAGCAAGCACUUCUCUCAUCAUGAGCUCUGAACUAAACGUUCCGGUGGAUCCUUCCACUCCUGCCUGCUGCUCUGAGCCGGGCACAAAGGGCAUGGAUUAUCGGGACUGGGUCCGGCGCAGCUACCUGGAAUUGGUCACGUCCAACCACCACUCCGUUCAAGCCCUUUCCUGGAGAAAAUUGUACCUGAGCCGAGCCAAACUGAAAGCCUCCAGCAGAACCUCUGCUCUGCUCUCUGGAUUUGCAAUGGUCGCCAUGGUGGAGGUGCAGCUGGAGGUGCAGUACAAGUACCCCCAGAUGCUGCUGAUCGCCUUCAGCGCCUGCACGACGGUGCUGGUGGCCGUUCACCUCUUCGCCCUGCUCAUCAGCACCUGCAUCCUGCCCAACGUGGAGGCCGUGAGCAACAUCCACAACCUGAACUCCAUCAGCGAGUCCCCCCACGAGCGCAUGCACCCCUACAUCGAGCUGGCCUGGGGCUUCUCCACCGUCCUGGGAAUCCUCCUUUUCCUUGCCGAAGUCGUGCUCCUGUGCUGGAUAAAAUUCCUGCCGGUGGGCUCCAUCCUGAAAAACGAGACCGCCAACGCGGAGAAGCCCAGCGGCCACGCGGGGUGGCAGUCGGCGCUGGUGUCCACCAUCAUCAUGGUGCCCGUGGGUUUGAUUUUUGUCGUCUUCACCAUCCACUUCUACCGCUCCUUGGUGCGGCACAAAACGGAGCGGCACAACCGGGAGAUCGAGGAGCUCCACAAACUGAAAGUGCAGCUAGAUGGGCACGACAGAGGCAUGCAGGUGGUGUGACAGAGCCUGCACACAGCUCAGCCAGGGCUGAGAGCAAAAUACCUGGUCUGCUGCUUGGUGAGAAGCACCAGGGAUGGAUUUUCUUGAGGCUUAAAUCUGUAAAUGCUACUUGCCUGCCAUUUCUAGCUGUGGUUCCUGUGCUGUUCCACGUGCUGGGGGGCUCUGCCCUGGUUCUGGUCCCACACACUUGGUACUUAAGUUGACACUGCCGUGGUGUUCAAGGUCAAAACUUUAUCUACCUUAACAUUGGUAGCCAAAAAUCUGUAUUUUUUACAAAUGCAAUAUUCCAUUGCCAAAAGUGAAACUGCAUUGGCUGUCCCAAAAGCCUGUGUGUGUGUGUGUGUGUGUGUGUGUGUGUGUGUGUGUGUGUGUGUGUGUAGGACCUGUCUUACAUGUCAGAACUCCCUGGCUGUCAGUGCAGCCACAAUUAACUGGCAGCUCAUUCCUAGAGCAGAGCUGAUUAAUGUGGGUACCUGCAGCUGACUCAAGGACAUCCAGGAAAGCACAACAGAAACUGAGAAUGUUGAUCACCAUUGUUCCAAAGCAAGUAUUCCAUAAAUAUAUAAACAGAAAGAAAACAGCCUUAGCUUUUAUGUUCUUUUUUUGCUACUCUUUGCUAUAUUUUUUUACAGCUUGGGAUGUAGGAUUUUGAAUUGCAGGAGCCUGGGAAGUUUUCUCGUACUUUCUUCAGCGGCAUCUGUCACCUUAGGUUGAGCAAGUGCCAAGAUCAUGUGUUUUUUCCCAAUAAGAGGCAAGAGUGCCCAGGGAAGGCUUACAGGUGUUUUAGUUUUAACAAGGACAUUCUUAAAACAGAACAGUGACAGGGAAUUUAAUGAGACAAGACUUUGAAGGACUAACAAAUCAAGUUUCAAGGAGGUAAAGUAGUGACAGCAGGUAUUGUAGAAAUCUGCCACUGUGUCUUCUUCAUUUGUGCAUUGCUGUGAUGCCUUUUGCCCGGUUUGCUGGAGAGAACAAGCCCAGUCCUGUGUUAUUUCAUCAUUUGAGGUUUUGUUUUUUGUUUUUCUUUUUUUAAUUGACUGUAGCAUUUUUCUGUCAGAAAUGAAUGCUUCCUUCUCCCUCUACCAAAGCAGACAACUCCUCGGGUGGAACCUGGAGCUGGCCUGACGAGCCUGAUGGAGCUGGAUCUGGCAGGAAUGCUGUGUGCCAUUAACGAGCUAUCCCUUUCCUUUGAGCUCAUUUCUUUUUGCAGCAGCUGAGACAAUGACACUUGCAUGUCUGUGUUGCUUAGCAAGGGAAGCUUGUAAAUUCCAUAGCAUCCUCGUGGGUGAAAUCUUCUGUAAAAAAACCCCUUGAUUUAAUGAUUUUUGGUAACUUUGUGGAGAGAAAAGAAUGUUUUGGAAUCAUCAGCUCUUUCAAGGGAAAGUCAGGCUUUCUGACACACAGGGCUGCAAGAAGCAUAAGCACAUUUUCUUGGCCCUGAUCCUGUGUUGGUUUCCUCCUCUGCACUCCAAAACUGCAGUUUCAGAGUCUCCGAGGCCUUAUAGGUUUCUGAACUCGUUAAGGAUGUUUAUAAGGUUCCAUUUAACCCUGGGCCCUUAUCCCACUGGGAUUUGAGGGCUCUAAUGGCAGUGUAUUACAUGUCAGCUUCCCAGAAGGGAGAGUACAUGCAAACCCCAGGGCAGCAGGGUGACACUAUCCCAAUAUUCCUCUCUGGCGUGGGCCUUGGGAAACCAACUCUCAUCUCUCUUGUUUACAUGUGAAUGUGAGCAUUGCUGAACAAGUUGCUUAGCACUGUGUCUGUGGCUUUCAUCUGCUGUUCUUGCUGCAGUUGGCAUGUACCAUAUUGGCUGAUGUGCAGCAAAGAAAAUCGUCUUUGUGUGUUAAAUGACUAAUCUGUAUUCAUGUGCAUAUGCAAAAAACAAGGAGUGUCCUCCAGGAAGUGGGGUGGUCCUGAAAUUCAUAUGAACUCCCCAGGACUCUGCCCUCUCUCCCUCCUCUUUUUACCAUAAUAAAAAUUAAAAAGGUUUAUACAACAGAAUCAGAGUUGAGUUUUCUGCCAAGUGCUACACGUGUUGGCUCCCCUACCAACAGAAUUUCUGCUGAGAGGCCAGAGCCAGACCAGACAGGAUGAAUCUCUCAUCUGUACUUUGCACUCCCCUUUAACAUCAGUAAUAGUAGGACCUUGUGUGCUGAGAGGUUCAGCAGGCUGUCAAGGAAAGCAUUGCACCAUUUUUGCAAAAUCUUUUUUAAAAAGCUUCCCCCUGUGCAUACAGUGCUGCAAAAGCAAUGCAGCUUGCAUCAUUCAUUUAAUUUAUUGCGAAUGUAAUAAACUUCAGCAAAUUGAGAAAAGCAGCAGAGACUGUGCUUUGGUUUUGUAGAAUAGCUGGUUCAGGCUUAGGUGGGAUUGCAUUCAAGGUCAGUCUCAAGGCAGCCCAUCUGUGACUGGAGUGGGACCACCUUACCCCAGGGGCGAGUCUGAGGUGCAGUUUGGGAUGGUGUCCCAAGGGCAAAUGCUAAAACAGAAUAAUAACGUGCUUUCUGUCUUUGCUUGCAGCUUUGUUCCUUGUGUCUCUCUGGGCACUGAAUCCUCCCUUCCAUGAGAAGCUCAUGGGGGUAUUUUUGCUCUUCGAUUGUCAAGGUUACCCAUCCACCUUCAUGCUGUAACUCCUCUCCCUUCCCAACAGCAGCACUUGCUUUUCUUGCUCCUGCCUCUCUUCCUGCAAUUUAUUUACAUUUCCACCACGGUUGGGUCCAGACUUGUGUUGAAGAAAUGUUCAAUGUGGUACCAUCCAUGAAGGAAGGAAGUAGGGAUGUUGUAGUUAUCCAGCUGGGUGUUUCUGUGCUACAGCACCAGAAAAUCCUCCUUGCUCCUGCUGCUGCCCCCGUGGCUGUCAGCAGGAUUCCCAUCAGUCAAGCCAGCCUUUCCACACUGUCCCAGCAGGGCUGGCAGCUCUCUGUGUCACGUCUGGGUUUGUCUGCCCGUGCCUGGCCACGUCUGUCCCGUGCUGUCACCUCUCUGUCGUUCCUGUGGUGUCUGUCGUUCUUGGAGUGUCCCAGGUUUUGUGUGGCUGCAAUCCUGUGAUGCCUGCAUGGCAGUGCUUCUCCCAAGGGUUCCACCCUCAGCUGGGGACGUGUGUUGAGGAUCUCCCGUGGUUUUCUGUGCCCGCUUUGGGCUCUGGGCUGCUGCAGUCUGGGGUGGCUGCUGCCCUAAUUCUCAACCCCCUUGGGCUGUGCCUCUCUGGACCAGCUGUUGCCUUGUUGGAGCUAUUUCUCCAAUUUUUGCACUGGAGCUUAGCACAGGGACAGCCAAGACCUUGCUUCAGAGUCUUCCUCCAGGUAUUUUUUGGCCAGUUUUUGCCCAGCAGGAAAGUGCCGCUGUGCAGGAACCCUGUCUGCCCACCCUAAAGCAGGGAAGGAGCUCUCAAGGACAGGGGAACAACAAUUUUUUGUAUCAGUCCCGUGCACCAGCCUUGGUUCGGAGGCAAUUCCUCUCUCCGUUUCCGUCUCAGCAGGAGUAAAGAAGGGGCAGGACCGCGAGCUGGAGGGAGCAGGAUCGGGUUCUCCCUUUGCUGUAUUCAGUGGCAGCUCUCACUCUGACCUCUCUAUUUUUAACAUCGCCCUGGGGCAGGGCUGGCUCCCUCAGUGGAGAGGAGGCUUUCGGGGAGACUUUGUGACCCUGAGAGAUGGAAUAAUGUUGGGUUUGAGCAUGUGAUGGACGAAAGCGAUACCGUGCGAGAGCCGCGGGCAGAGGGAGGGGGGGCGGCCGUAAGCGCUCAGAUACCUGGAAGUGUUUCUGGAGAGCACCGGGUGGGUGCAGCUGCAGAGAAAACAUCCUCCCACAUCCUCCACAUCCUCCCACAUCCUCCAACAUCCUCCCACAUUCCGUUCCCUGGCUCUGGCAUGUGGGGAUGGGCAAUCCCAGGUUGCCUCGAGGUUACCUGUGCUGGGCUCAGGGGGUGGAGGUGCUCCUCCUUGCCUUUCACAAUGUGCUUUCUUUUAUUUUCCUGCCUUCAAGCAAACAAACAAAAGGCCUUGGAGUUUCCCUGCUGCUGUAGAUUCCUUAUCUUUUAAAUCUCCUUGCAUCAGCUUCUAAGACAGCUUCCUCAACACCCCCUCAAGCUGCAAUCAAAUUCAGCUGGGCCAGGGGGCAUAUUUUCUGAUUAACUCACAGGUUCUCUACAGCCAUUUCAAAGCAGUUUCAGUAAUUAAAAUUGACUGGCUGGAUUUGGAGAGUAUUUCCCUGAAUCCGUGUGUGUCCAGCUGGGAGUUUGCAGAGGUGUGACAACCAUGAGUGCUAAGAGGAAGGAAAAAAAAAAAAAAAGAAAACCUGUAUUUUAACUUUGCCUAUUCUUGUUUUACCUCUGCAUGAUCAAUAUUUAAUGUAGAACAACGAGUGUAUCUCAGUUAUUGUCCAGCUGUGUGAGAGAAACUGGAUAAACUUGC